AUGGAGGUGCAAUGGCUCAGUGGUAGAGCAGUGGUCAUUUGGCCAAUCAGUGCUAACUUCCUGUUUGCCGAGUACCUGAUGAUGAAGUGGUUACAUCCGUCUGCUGUCCCUUGGUGCGAGUGGAACGCAGCGUCGCGUCAGUUCCUCCUGGCGCACUGCUACCUUAACACCGGGGAGCCCGUCAAGGCCCUGGGAUGCUUCCAGGAGGCCAGUCAAAGGAUCGGCGCCGAAGACUUCUUGCUGAACAGACUCCUGAGAACCACGGAACUACAGGGAAAGAAACUUGAGACUCUCUAUCACCUAAAGGUGAUUGGUCUGUUAGAGCAGUUUGAAUUGAGAGAGCUUGUAAUCUCUCUCGCUAAAACAGCCCUCAGUGCCGCUGACAUAGAUGACCCAAAUUUGCCGACACUUUGGGUGAAAAUCUUCAAGUACCAUCUUGAGCUGUGUCACAACGAUGAGGCCUACUCAGCUAUGACCUCUAACCCCGACCCUGAAAGACGGAGGGACUGUUUACGCCAGUUUGUAGUGGUGUUAUGUGAACAGAAACAGAUGAAACAGCUCUGUCAAUAUCCCUACAUAGAUCUUCAUGAUGAGAUUGUGAGCAUCAUAGAGUCAAGAGCUAGGUCUGUGGAUCUACUGACCAUCAACUACUACGAUCUUCUCUUUGCGUUCCAUACCAUCAGAGGGAACUAUCGACAAGCUGGCAGCGUGAUGUACGAGCAAGCGACCCGGCUAGCCCAGGAGGUCAUCGGUGCGGACAGUCUGAACAGACAGGCGUGCUGCUACCUCGCCGCCAUGAACUCACUCAGAUUACUGCAUCCGGACAAUGCUUGGAUUAUCAAGCCUGCAGUCAGCGAAAUGGAGGGCAUUAAAACUGAAGACAUGAAUGGAGCGUCACCCAAGAGAGACUAUGAAGGCACCCCUCUCGAUGAACCAGUUCCGAGGCGCCGAGUUGAUGUUCUGGAGCUAGGGGACUUGGAGAAGGAAUAUCAGUUGACGUCCGCAAGGCUCAAACUAGCCAAUCACCAGCCUGAUAUGGUUCAUGUGACAACAUCUCGGAUGUCGGUUUGAUGAAACGGUGAGUUUCUUGGUUCAGAGUGGCCUAUAUGACACAGCUAUCGAUGUCUGCAAGACGUUCAGGUUGCCUCUUACUCCUGUCUUUGAGAACCUUGCUCAUAGGUAAGA